AUGCCGGUUGCCGCAGCCGCCGCUGAUCCGGUGGAGAAUCAUUUGGAUCUCGAAAACGACGAGGAAUACAACUCAGAAGAAGACGAGGACUUCGAGCUCGAUGGCGCCGGUCAAGAUGAAUCUGAAGAAUCGUCUGAAGAGGAAACGCAGGAAUCUGGUGGCAGGCCGGCGAAGAGGCGAAAAGUCACCGCUGGGAAAGAGACCAAGAUCGAUGAACUGGAACUUGAUUCUGGUGAUGAGGCGAUGAUACAGAAAGCGACAGAAAGGAAGGAAAAGAACAAGAAGAAAGGAAAAGGAACUAUUGUUGAUGGGGACGAGGAAGAUAUUGAUUUCGAUGAGGAUGAUGAGGGCGGCGAAGGAGGCUUCGUGAAGACGAGGUCUAUGAGGAUGAAAAUACAGGAGGAGCGCAGACCACUGGCGAAAAUUGACGGUGCUACUAUCGAUGUUGAUGCACUGUGGGAGAAGAUGAACCAGCCUUACACCGGUGCUGCACCUUUACCCACACAAAAAGCGCAGGAGCAAGACGGCAUUGCAGCGGAGGAUGAGAAAAAAGAGAGUCCAGAUCGCGAAACAGAAGCCGCGCAGCAGAAAGCGCCGACACUGCCCUCGGAGGAGAUGAUCAAGAUAAAGCGCACAUACAAGUUCGCUGGGGAAAUGAUCACAGAAGAGAAACUUGUUCCAAAGGAUUCGGCUGAAGCGAAACUCUUUCUCUCAAACGAAGGAAAGGAUAACGCGGAGACUACUAUAGAUGUUGACGACGCUGAGGCUAAGAAGGCCGCCGUCAAGCUACGCAGGCCUCUCCGCAAGUAUUCUCGAUUUGAUCCAAAUCCUCCUGGAUUUAUCAAGAAAAGCUGGGACAAGCAGCCAUCUGGCGAUAUUACGGGCGAAAACACGGAUUCCAAAGGGCCCAAGCUCAACACAGUCGAGAAAUCACGACUCGACUGGGCCGCCUACGUGGAUCAGGCUGGUAUCAAAGAUGAGCUCAACGUCCAUAGCAGGGCUAAGGAAGGCUACCUUGGCCGGAUGGACUUCCUGGAUCGCAUGGAAGCUAAGAGGGAGGAGGAAAGAAGGCAGGCACGAUUGAAGGGGCUUUAA